AUAUAUACAAAAAAAACGGUUAUAACAAUUUUCAAUUUAUUUUUUCUGAAAAUUUUUCUUUCUAAAAACGCAUAUUCCAAAAUAUGUAGGAGCUUAGAUACUAGUAUAUUAAUUUCAUCUCUGUUUCACAGUUCAGCUGGUUGAAAAGAUCAAACAUACCUUUUAAACGCACUACAGGUCCUUUUUAUUGAUUUUUACCACAAAACAAGGACAAUACAUUCAAAUUUUCCACUAGUUCCUUGUGCGCACUCCAUGAUAAAAGUCGCCUUAGAUAGUGAAAGUAGUAAAAUUGUUAAAAAACGGAAAUCUGCUAAGAAUAGUUAACAAAAGAAAACUCUCAUUUAAUUUAAAGAAACUGUUUCUCAUAAAAUAUAACUAUUUCGUCUCGGACAUAAUAAUUGGCUUUAUAAAUAAUAGAGUGUUUACUUUUUGUGUAAAAUUUAUUAUUUUAUAGAUACCUACCUACUACAUUUUGUCUGUGUUGGGUAUAUUUUUUUAGUGUAGAAAACGGAAAUUGUAUUUUUCAUCUGUUUAUUACACUAUUUAAUCGAUAACUCAAAUGAAGUUUUAAAGAAUGUUUAAAAGAAUUUAACAAACGUUGGAAGUUCUUCGAGCAAUUUGGAACAGCUUUAAUAGUAGUUAUAAUACCAGAAACAAAUUGACAGGAAAAAAAUAUUUUGCAAACGACAACUGUCCCAAUAUGUACAAAACCAUAAGACAUGGGGAGAACAGCUUGCAAUACACAAUCCUUCCGCAGAACGAUGAUUCCCGGAUUGAAGGUAAACUAACAAGUGCAAGCAGCAACAAAGCGAAAUCAAAACGCUCUGUCCGAAGGCGAUUCUUUUUUGCGUAUCUGGGGCUUUUGUUUGUAUGUACUGUGAUCAUUGGAGCCAUUUUGGUUCCGUUCUUGGUCUCUGCAGAGUGCCUACCUAAUCCAUCUGAUUGGUUUUUGAAGACAAAGGCCGCAUUCACUGGCAGCUCAAAGCGACUUGCUGAAACCAGUUUGCCAGUGAAGAAAACAAAAACUCUCAGUUCCAAUAAUACCAGCACUACCACCGAUGCAAAAAACAAUAAUAACCAAAUCGAGAGUACAAUUAAAGCAUAUCCUGUGGAAAGCAGUAGCACAGCAAUACCACAAAUAUCAAAUCCACAAAUAGAUAUAGAGGAAUCAAGGGGUGCAACAGCCUCGGGUAGUACCGAAACUAGUAGUAACGUAGAAGCAACUCAAAUCUCAGAAUCGCGAAUAGGAAAUGAUUUCAUAGCUGAAGUGCGGUUUGAGGGUUUGCGAGGUCAAAUGGCAUCAAAAUUGGCACCAACAAUUGUUGUUACCACGGUAAGAAAUAAUGACCAAAACAAAGUACCCGUCACAGAAGGUAGAAUUCCUCCCACACUUACAACAUUGAUGCUAUCAACCAUUAGAACAACCUCAAUAUCUGCGUUUGGUGUUUCAAACAAAACUCAUCGUGUUAUGCAAGUACCUCUAUUAAAGUCAGCUGCAAAGAAGCCCAUCAUACCACCUGUAUUGGCCAAAACAAAUUCCCUUGGACGAGAAAGUGUAAAAAGUUCCAUCGAAGGCCAUCAAAUAAAGCACCAGGAAAAUGUGAAGAAGGAUCCGACUGAGCCAAACGAUUGGAUACGAUCACACUGGCCAUACAUAGAUCCGUCAACAUAUUUCCAAUGGACAGGUUACAAAACUGAAGAUAGUGUCAUACUGCCCGCUAUAUUAGGAGCUGCCUUGAUUGUCGUUAUAAUGAUUGUUGCUUUAUUUUUCGUAGCACGUAACAAACGAACUAUUGUAAGUUCGGUUCGAAAGCGUAAUAGGAAUGACAUUGAAGAAGCCGGAGAGGACAACACGACCCUUCUAACAAAUUCAAACUUGUCUGACGAUGAUUAAAUCAGCGACUUCUAGGUAACCAUUAAAGAUUUAUUUAACAGUUAAAAUUCAAGCGUAGCUUAUGCCGUCUUGCAAAAUAAAAUGCAAUCAAAAGGAAGAGUUUAAAACUCCAAGCAGAGCGCUUUUCACAAAUAAACUGAGUUUGAUCUUAAAUUUAAUAAAAAAUAUGUAAUAAUGUAAUAUAUUCUUACUAACAAACAUAAAUACAUACAUAUGUGUACUCUCCACUCAUUUAUUUAUAUAAAAAAAUAACACAAAAACUUAGAAUAUAGGUAUAUAAAACAAAAAGUAUUACAAAUUUGUUUAAAGUAAAAAAAAAAAACAAAAAAGACUGUAAAAGAUAAAAAAAUUAAUAUUUACAACAACAACAAAAAAAUCAAAAUAUACCUAAAUAUAUCUACAUUAUUAAAGAUGUGCAACCAUUAUACAUAUACAUGUGUAUUUAUGAAUUAAUGUGUACAUUUCCGGUUAAUUUAAGUUCAAAAUUUAAACCUUUUAAAGCAACAACUAAGGAACCGCGUAGUGUAAGUUUGUUUAUAAAAAUAAUAUAAUAAUAACGACAACUGGAUACCUUUAUUCAAAACAAAUUGAUACUAUAUAUUAUACAAACAAAAAUUCAAAUAUAUAAAAAAGGAAACCCGAAAAAAAAUUAGCGAGAAAAAUAGUUAUUUUUGUAAAAGUGUGAUAGAAGUAGAUAGAAUUUAUCCUUUUUUAUUUGAAGUAUAGAGAAUCAAAAGAUUAAAUGCAACCAUAAAAACAAAUUAUGAAGAUAUAUACUGCAAAUUUAAUUUGUAGCACGUCUAAUGUCCUGGCUUGCAUACUAUUGUUGUUGUAAUACUUUAACCAUUAGAAUACGAUUACAUCAGACACUUUGGACAUAUUAUAUGUCGAAAAAAAAUUACUGAAACGUCCAAAAUCAAGCGGUUGCCUUGAGAAAAAACAAAUAAUUUCGGAAGCGAAAAGUUUAACAUCCAAGUCUAAGGCAUUUUUGUAAGUAUUUUUGUAAAUAGGGUGAAAUAAGGGUUAAAUGAACUCUCAUAUUUGUACACUUAAUAAUGAAAGCGAAAUAAGUCCCUGCUAAAAAAAACCUGAAAGUUAAAAAAAUUAUAUACUACUUAACGUAUUUUAUCAAUUUCCAUUUUUGAAGUUAUACUUCUGUUGCGGCGUUGGGGUAUGAAAAUUCACAGUAGGUAGGGGAAAUACGUCCAAAAUGACAUACACGGACAAUAUGACAAAACCAGCCUUAACUUGAAAUGUGAACCACAUGUAACACUACCUCCUAGAAGGUGAAACCAAUGAAAUUUGAAAUUCUGUCAAAAUAACAACUCAUUUGACAGCCGCAAACCAAAAAUAUAAAGUAAAGUUUGUUUAUAGGAGCUGUUUUUUUAAUGGGGUUGGGCUAAUUUUGUUAUUUGGUGAGUUGCAUGUGACAGUUUUUAACGACAGUUUACAAUACAAAGUUUAAAACUAAUUAAUAUUUUUUAUGAAAUAGGGGUUUAAAACAGGGUUUUGUAUAAAAAUGUGUCAAAACUACGAUAUGGACAAAAUGACAUACCUUCAACUUCAUAGAAAUUGUUAUUGUUUUUUUUUAUUUUAACUUAAAAUAUGCCACUGAGGUAUAAGCGAACUUCCGACCGCAAAUCAUGGUUCAGGGGAUGUGGGCGCCAUUGAAGCUGCUAAUAAAAACAAAUUGCGCGGGCUUGCAACAUCAAAAACAUUUGGUGUCGCGCAGGCUAUAUUAGGAUGAAGCGCAAUGGCCACCAACAAGUUUUUUAAAGCUAAUACAAAGUACUAUACUCUGUCCGAUAAAAAUUGGCAGUACAGGCCUUAUGGGAGAGCUUUUUCAAAAUCAGUGGGACCUAACGACUGCCAAAAAGCAAUUCACGAAAAAUAUGCCCCUGAAACACACAAGAAAACCACAGACGCGCCAUGGCAUUGUUGUUGUAAUUUCUUUACUAAGCGAAGUACACCCUCCUAUGACCGAUCUGCCACACGAUCUGUGGCAGAAUGAAACUCAAUGAUAAAACUUUUCAGGAUUAAUGCUUUUUCAAGCUUUUAAAAUGAAAAAAAGCAUUAUGUGUUGUCGUGGUGUUGGUGGCUGUUUGUUUUUUAUUUUGUGUAUGAAGGAAAACAGUUAUUGUCAACAUUUUGACAUGCAUUUUAACAUUUCAACAGGAAAAAUAGUUUACCCUUGCUUGGGGUCGGGCUGUGUUUUAAAUGAGUGAAUUUUUUGUUUUGUUAUUUUGGUGUUAAACGAAAAAUUAAUUUUUUUUUUCGUUUUUGUGAAAUUUUACCGAUAAAAUGGUAACGCUGGUACCUUUUCGAAACAUUUUUUUCGGAUAAUACGGCAUCGCUGUGUGAGCUUUUUUAUGUGAUAGACAUAUCCAGAAGGCGUGAAGCAGAGUGAGAUGCAAAUGCCCUAUCUUCCCUGUACUGCCAAUUUUUAUCGGACAGAGUAUAGGUAUAUUGAAGUUAGAUUUCCUUUGAAAAUCUACUCUUGCCAACUUAUUUGUUCAUAUAAAACGUCAUAUGUCGUUUUGUCCAUAUGACCUAUGUUAUUUUGUCCAUACGAUAUGGACAAAAUGAAUUUCGAUACUUUUUUUUCAAUGUUUUUAAAAACUACUACAAAAUGUUCCUAAUAAUUCAAAGAAUUAAUAAAAAAAUGCAAAGAUUGUGUUAUACACCACGGGUAUUAUUUUAUUGACGAAAAAGCUUAUGGUAUGUCACAUUGGACGUACUUCCCCUACACAUAAAAAGGAAAUAUCUUCCAAACUGACAUUGGUCGCCAAAUUGUCAAGUUUUGUCAGCUACCGUAAUUCUUAGUUGUUUUAAAUUGCUGACGAAAAACGCACAAAAACCGAAAUACCACGCACACCACUAAUUUUGUAGCAAUUUAUUGACCUUUUUCCGAGAAGUAAAACGAAGAAAAUUUUUUAUUUUUCUAUUUAUAAUUUUUUCAAAUGACAUUUUAUAAAUUAAAACAAAAACAAAUUUCCUUUUUAAGCCUAGUACGCUGCUGAUGCGAAACGAAAAAUUUUCAAGUCUCCAAAGUCGACAACGAAAAUGGGCACGUUCAAACAGUUAACAUAAAGCUAUCGGAUAGCUUUUUGUUGUUGUAAACAAUGUUAAAAAUUAGCAAAGAAACGAACCAUUUUCUGUCAAAAAAUAAUCUGAAGGUAUCCGAGAAUUUCUGGUAUACCUCACGUAUCCGAUUGAUCAGCUGAUAAACACUUGCCCUUUUUUUAUUUUGAUUACUUUUUGCGCGACUAUUCAGCUUGAAAAUAAAAUAAAUUUGCAAGAAAUAUAGUUAAAUCGAUUGUGCAAGUACUAAGUAACAAUAAAAAAAAGGAAUUUGCUCAAAAGAAUCAAUUUUCUUUUUUCAUAUUUUUUUGUUGCUGCUUUGGCAAGCUAUCUGGAUAGCUUUUCGUCCAAAAAGAUAUUCCAGAUACGGGUAUCCCAGAUAGCCUAUCCGAUAGGUGUUUGAACGUGCCCAAUGCUUACGAAAAAAUAUUAUCGAGUAUUCUGUCAAAGUCAAAAUAAAAAAAUUCAAAAUUGAUUUAGAAUCAAGAAAAUAAUUUUUAAAGUCAGAAAUAAAUGAAUUAAAAGUGAAAAAACCGUCAACAAUGUUCUUGGAGUCAAGAAAAAUGCACAGGACAGUAAAAAGUAAGGGACAAAUGAAUGAAAACUCUCCAAUUUUUCGCUAUAGCUGUGACCCAUUCUUUUAUUAAAUAAAGUUAACUUUGGUUUUUGUGUCAAAAAAAUCGUUGUAUUUGUUUUUGUUAGAUUUUGUUAGGAAAUUUCAACUUUGAUUUAGAAACGACUAAUGUUACAUUUUGUUGAUCUGUCAAAACAAAAUUUUUUGAGAUCAAUUUUAUGAAUGACAAGAAGGAAUUAAUUUGGUACUGAAAUAAUUCUUUUAAAUUGAAUUCUAAGCAAAUUGAAACAAAAAUAUGCAUUACAUAAUUUCAAAUAUGAAAACAAACAAAAAAUUCUUUUCUCACAUCUUCCCCUCUCAUCCCCAUUUAGUUGUGUUUGACAGAUAAACAUUGAAACUCAAGUCCAGAAGCUGAGUUGGAAAAAGUUACAAAAUGUAACUAUUUGACACUUCAACAUUGGAUUUAGGAACGAUGUUGUGAGGCCACGAUGUUACACUUCGUAACUUUUUUCUUAUUUAGGAACGAUGAAAGUUAACUAUUGUUAACAAGAGUUAACAUCGGCGAAUAAAAGAACGCACUUCUACGUACUGAAAAACGAAAAGCAAAACGAAAUUUUCCGUUCAGGAUUUCGUUAAAGAAAUUUUGUAUGGAAAAUUUCUUUUCGCUUCAGCAGAGUACAAAUUUCCUGUUUAAUACGAUUGAAAUAUAAAAAUUAAAGACCGACCUGAAAGAUUGGUGCCCAUUUUUGACAAACUAAUUUUGACAACGUUCGGAUGAUAUAACUUUAUUUUGUGUACUGUGACCCAAACAGACCUUAAUAUAUCACAUAGUUUAAAAAAUAAUUGUCAUACCAAUGAUGUUUUAAACAAAUUCUAAGCAGUUGAAAAAAAAAAUUAAUUUGCUAGCACAGAUUUAAAUCAGUUGAAAAGGUUAAGCCCAGAGAAUUCUCCGGGCUAAACACCUAAGCCCGACACGGACUAAGGUGUUCUUGCAUUUAACAUGUAAAUUGCUUAGCCCAGACUCCGUUUUUUUUUGUUCCAGUUAAGUCAGGUCGUAAUAAAAACACACUUACCCCUCUAUUCUGACAAACCUCACAAGUCACAAAAACCUCACAAGGUGAUCAUAAUUCGAUUUUGUGAGAAUUUAUUUCUCACAAACUUCUUUCUAGCAAAAGUCCACCUUGUGAGUUGUGGCCUCCUUCAGGGCAGAUCACAAAUUCGAAAACCUCACAAUAUCAAAUUCAGCUCAAAUUCACAACUAAGAAUUACGGUAGCUGGUUGUCUACCGUGGCAGCUGCCCGCGGCAGUCGAAACAGUUGGCAGUUUUGCACAUUGAAUAUAAGUUUCGCCAAGGAACCACGGACUUUUCACAUGCUCGAGCAGCAACUACCUUUUUUCCAAUCCACUAAAUAAUCAAAAAAAAAGAAAAAUAAAACAUCCAAAAGUGUAAAACAUAAAAUUUUCACAAACUUCUUGACAGUUUUACAUUUUGCCAACACUAAGGGCCUUAUGAAUAAUGAAUCGCUAAACACACGUUUAAGUAUCGUCGGGUUUAAUUUUACCGUCGCGUUAAAUUGGGUUUAUACUAAUAAUCAAAAUAAACACUUUUAACUAACUAAUUGUUUAACUAAUUGUGCUUCUAUUAGCUGCGUUCCUUUGGAAAUAUUUAUCUACUUUUUAGUACUUAAAGCUGCUUUGAACUACUUUUUCAGUAUAGCAAAGUAGAUCAAAGUAGUUUUAAGUACUAAAAAGUAGAUAAAUAUUUCCAAAGGAACGCAGCUAUUACCAGAUCUAUUACAUUUGUUGUCAAAAUGACAUAAUUGAAGUGACAUUUGUAAUAAUGAACAAAAAUAUAACUACAAAAUACCUACAUACCUUCAUAUAUUUUUAUUUUGGUUGUAAAAAUUAAAAAAUGGAGCCCAAGCAAGGAGGCCAAAAGUGCAUUAAAAAAAUGUUCAUCUAUUGUGAAGUACGACGAUAGACUGACUCAAUACAAUGGUGUAGUUGUGGCAGCAGCUGAGCAAAAAGUUGAGAAUUAUUCAACUUGCGCUACAAGCUACAGCCACAGCUACACCAUUGUAUUCAGGGGGUUAGUUUUCUUUUCUGAAAGUAAUGAAUAUUUAUUAAUAAAAAAGAUAAAUAUUUAUAAACAAAUACAUUUUUCCAUUUACUUAUUUAAUAAAUUGCCGCCAAUAUUAUUAAUUUUUCUCAACAGCUUGUUGACUUGACAAAUGUUUUUUUUUUUGCUGACAAAUGACAGUACAAACCGUGCGUUUACAUUUAACCGCGCGUUUAUAGUUCAGUUUCCCAACUAUAAAAUUAACGUGGCGUUAACCCUUAACCUGACUAUUAAAUUGGUUAUUGGUAUGGAGAAAUAUUUAACGCUCAGUUAAAUAUUUAACUGAGCUUUAAAUUUGAUUAUUGGUAAGGCCCUAAAAAUCUAUUUCGAAUCCGCAAAUGCGGAGCUUCCACAUGAAUUUGGACAUCUGCAUCAACCUCCGCAUACGCAAUAAUCAAUGCGGAUUUUCAUGCGGAUGCAAAGAAGUUGAAUGGAAAAGUGCAAAAAGUCUGAAUGUUAAUGGAGAUCUUUCUUUCCGGACAAAAAUAAGAGCCAAUGUCGAGAUAAACCUUCUUCAUUUUGAAGACUUUAACGACUACUUCAACCCACUCUACAAGGCAAUGUUCUAAGGGAACAAUUAUUUAGUAGCGCGGGCUUAAUUAACCAACCUCUGUGUAACCGACGUCAAUUUAUCUUAUUAAAUACAAAACAAAACUUUUUAUUAAUAACUGUAUCAUUGUUUUAAUUUAUUUAUAUUCAUUUUGUAUUACAAGAUCUUAUACAUCCGCAUCCGUAUUUGUAGAUGUGAACUUUCAAAAAUCCGCAUUCGCAUCCACGUAUGUAAAAAAAAUUCGCAUCCGGCUGCUGCGCGGCAACAAUGUUGGCUUGCCGUGCAUAAUGAAUACGCGCCUUAGAUUUGUUAUCAAAUCUUAUUAAGUGAUGGGAUUAAUAAUAAUUAAAAACAUAUUGUAAUAACCAAGUUGUUGUUUCAUUAAAUAUGUAUUUUUUUUUCAUUUAGUAUAAUUUACUUGAGAGAAAAUCGAACGUAUAAAUGCAAUCUUGUAAGUAAAAAUGCCUUAGUCUGGAUUAUCUACAUGUAUGUUGACUUAAAUAAUAAAUCAUUUGUUGCUUCAUAGUUCCAAGUUCAGUUUUAAAAUACGCUCUUGGUAAUAUCGAAUAUAAGCCACUUAAGUGCCCCUCAUUUAUGCCUUUGGUCAAAACUGGAUCUAAACGUAACUAAACGGUGUAAACUCUGAGUUAACCUGGUAAACGUGUUAAAGUGGUUGUGUGUCAAAAUUUUGUAUGAGUUUGAUAGUUUGUUUACCACAUUAACCAUUUUACUAGGUUUAAUCGGGGAAAACACCGUUGCAUGAACACCCCUAAUAAUAUUAUACUGACGGUAAAUAUCUUUUCUGACAAAACUAAAAUUUGAUUUUUUUUUUCGUUUCCAAGAAAAAAGGAUUUAUAGAUAGUUUAAAGUUUAAGAUGCACGGGUGCUUUCAUAAUUGCAUGGUUGCUUUGUUUACAUGCGGUCAUUUGCGAUCAGACUAAUGUCAGAAAAACUAUUUGCGCAUGUAUUUUACUUUGAAUUUAUGAACACUUUUUCUGAUUUGCGUCAUUUGUCAAAAUUUUUAAGUUGCAAUUCAGCCUCUUCUCCAAAAUUAACAAUAUAUUAUCUUAUUUCCAUCCUUUAAGAAAAAAAACUUUUUUUUUAAACAUUUCUGUCAAUAUUUACAAAUUUAUUAUAUCCAAGAAAUUCGCGGCUAUUUUUGUUAUUUUGACUUGAACUUUGAAUUUCCAAUUAACAAUUUGACAGAAUUGAGAAACAAAGAAAAGCUGUAUCAUCUUUUACGUCAUGUUCCUUCUUUCUUUAAGUUUAAAUUCAUUGCACAUGAGAAUUUUUUCAUUUGCACAUUUGCGCUGCAAAUAUUUGCGUUUUACAUUUAUGAACACCUGACAUUUGUCAUUUGGAUUAUAUGAAAGCUUUGCAUUCGUCAGACUUGCGCAACCAUGCAUUUAUGAAAGCAUCCGUGGUCUAGGUCUAGGCUGAUCGUAUAAAAAAAUUUGCGGGUAUUUAUUAUUGUAAGAGGGUAUAAGAAAAUAUUUUGUUGGUUUCAUUUUCUGUCGAUCUUAAAAAAAAUUGAUUUCUAUGAUUUCAAAAACUAUUGAUUGAUAUAACUUAAUUUAAUAAUGUGAUGGAAAUAAGAAUUAAGUGUGGAAUUUUGGCUUUUGAAAAAAGUAUCAUUGAAAAUUAUAAGUGUUGCCGUCGUUUUUAAAUAAGUUUUUUUUAUUUUGAUUAAUUUUUUAGAAAAUUGCCUCUGGCCUAUAGUAAAAAAUGCUUGUAUUUGACUCCUCUACAGGAAUCUGGUUUUUAUUUAUACCGCGUUAGUUAUCGUACUCCUGUCAAAGAUGGCUAAAGCCGACUUUUCAUGAGUCGAUUUUAACCGCACAAUAUGUCACACGGCUGAAGUCAACUAGGGUCUUUCUUUGCGGAUUGUCACUUAAGUCACCUGCGGCUUACAUGCACACGAGUCGACUUACGCCGAAAAACUUCGUCGCACGGCAAAAAUCGACUCAUGAAAAUUCGGCAUAAUAUGUAUUUGUCGUUAGCAGAUUAUAUAUAGUACGUUAAGUGGCCCAUACACACCACAUUUUUGUGCGCACAGGUAUCAUAGCACAACCCGUGGCCACACCUAUCGUGACACCGACACCAAAAAGUUUUAAUUUUAGUCGCUCCGGUGUGCGCACAGAUUAGCUGUGUUUGAGCGGGCGGGCCACACCACACCGGAAAGGUAUGUCUGUCAAUAAAGUUUGAUUUUUAUUUAGGCUUAACUUCAUUGGCCCAAAAAAAUGAAGAAGUGCAAAAGUGAAAAUUUUCGAACUAAUUUUGUGGUGAUUUCCCGGAAUGAACUUACGAAAAUGAUUCAAAAACCUUAAAUUUUGUUUGUACAAAAAAGGGAUACCUACCUAACGUUUUACACAAACGAAUUGCGA